AUGAAUCUUCGCAUCGACAUCGUCGAGGCGAGGUUCCGUCUGGUACACCGCAGGAGGCCACAAGAUAAGUGAGUCUCCAGGUAAGCGAAUGCUGCUCUUCUGCCUUUGCGUCGCUUGUUCUUGUUCUUGCUUUCUCGUCCGUCCUUGUUAAAAACUGACUGUCGCUCUAUUGGAUCUCCUCUGUUGCCUUUGCUCCUCGCUGUCCUGCUUGCUUGCUUGCUUGUAAGCUAAAUGCCGUUCUGUCGAUUGUGUCUGCCCACCGUUUGUACUUCAGCAGCCAAUCAGGUUAGAGAGGGAAGGAAAAGCUCCGCAUCCCGCCUCUCUACCUUUCCGCCCCCCCCCCUUCAAGCCUACGGCGAUGUCGUAGGCUGUCCCAGGCUAACUCGAUCCGUUCUCCCACUUAACAAAGACGUGACCCCUAGUGAAGUUCGGCAGCCGUCCGGGACAACCGAGCAGCCCUAUUUAGGGAGUGGAUUGCUCGCCCCCACAAGGGGAAGGGGUUAGAAAGGGUGCCCUUAACACAUGCUUGGGGUCCACGUCGUCUGGAGGCUGACCGCGGUCGCAGACGUAAAGCACACGGUCAAAACACUCCAAAUCGGAACAAUACCCUCUCUUCUCCCUCAACCUCCCCGCCACCCCACUCGCCAGACUGGUAAGUUCAGUCCGCUCACUCUGGGAGCCUGGAAUGUUCGUUCCCUUCUAGACAACCUGAGGAGCAACCGACCGGAACGGAGAACAUUGCUAGUGGCCCGGGAACUGGCGCGCUACAAGGUGGAUAUCGCCGCACUCAGCGAGACUCGAUUCUCCAAACAAGGUCAGCUAGAGGAGGCGGACGCCGGCUACACCUUCUUCUAGAUCGGUCACCCCGAAGCAGAGCGACGGGACGCGGGCGUUGCCUUUGCCAUCCGGAACGACAUCGUGGGACGACUGCUCUGUCUGCCGCAGGGCAUCAACGAUCGUCUGAUGAGCCUCCGCCAGUUUCUCCGGGGAGGCAAAUUCGCCACCAUCAUCAGCGCCUACGCUCCCCCAAUGACUAGCCCCCGUCGAGGCGAGGAACAAAUUCUACGAGGACCUGUACGCCUUCCUGGAGACUGUGUCGAAGGCGCAUAAGUUGAUUGUCCUUGGUAACUUCAACGUCCGCGUCGGCACAGACCAUGCUGUCUGGCGAGGAGUGCUAGGCCCCUGUGGUCUCAACGGUUCCAAUGACAAUGGUCUGCUACUUCUAUGAGCGUGUGCAGAACACCGACUAAUCCUGACGAACACCUUCUUCUGCCUCCUGAUGCGAUAGGAGGCCACGUGGAUGCACCCUCGGUCGCAUCAGUGACACCUGCUGGAAUAUGUCCUCGUCCGGAGGCGAGACCAGUGGGACGUGCUGAUGAAGAAGGCGGUCGCGGGUGCUGAUGGGUGGACCGACCAUCGCCUCGUCAUCUCGAAGAUGCGGAUUCGUCCACAGCCUCACAGAAGACUCCAAGGUAAGCGACCCCCGGGUGAGAUAUUGCUCUGUUGCCUUUAUUUACACCCCAUCUCCAUUUCAGCAACGAGCUAGCUCAACGACUAGAUAAAAUUCCAGUCACUGUUGCCGUCGCCGCCGCUGACGAGAACGCCUCCGUAGAGAACCGAUGCUGUCAACAGCAGGACACAGUCCAGUCGACGGCGCUGACCGUGCUCGGUCGCGCACGCCGCCAACACCAGGACUGUCUCGAUAGCAAUGACGUCGCCAUCUGCGAUCUGCUCGCCGAGAAGAACCGCCUGCACAAGGCCUCUGUCAACCGCCCCACCGACGGCAGCAAAGGUUGCCAACUGACGGGAUAA